AAGAGCUCAGCUUAUUAAUGACUACAGAUAAUGUUAGCAAAUCACAAUAGCAGAAGUUCAGAAGAUGUAAAUGCUUGAUACAUGUAUCAACUUGAAAAAAAUUGAAUGUCAUAUUUUUUCAAUUUCAGUUCUGUCCGAGAUGGGCAUCUUUGGAACUGUUCCUAAUGUCAUAAAGCCUAAGGGCAGAACUACUGCUGACAUGUUGCUAGGGAACACACAAUCUAAAUCACCAAGACAACAAACAAACAGUGGAACAUCUGAACAGCCAAUGAAUGUUAUGUUACCUGGAAAUUCACUAGACAUAUCUCUGCUUGGUUCUCAGAUAGACGUAGCGCAAUAUAUGCCAGUUGAUUUCCUAGAGAAAUACACAUCACCAAGUAGUCCAAAACAGUCCCCACGGAGAUUGCAAUGUGAAGUUUGUUGCAAGGAAUUUGCCCAAAUGGCAACGCUGGUCAACCAUCGUAGGAUACAUACUGGUGAAAAGCCUUUCCAGUGUGAAAUGUGUCUUAAAACAUUCAGGCAGAGGGCAACACUGCACAAUCACAGGAAAACACACUUGAAAAUGAACCCCAGUGAGGAUAAUACAGCAAAGGAGCUUGUAAAGCAAGAACAUGAUAUGCCCAAGUGAAUUUUAAAUGAAAGUAGAAACAUGUAUUCAAUUAUUAUCCCAUCGAACGAAGUUCGGAGGGAUAUAGGGAACGCCUCCGUCCGUGU